AUGCGCGUUUCCAUCCUUACCGCCGCCCUCGUGGCCGCCCCCGUUCUCGGCUACCCCAGCAUGAAGAAUGCCGGAAUCCAGUCCCGGCAGGACGAGCAAAACAACGACGGCCCCAUCGGCGACGUCAUCGGCGACCUCGUCUCCCUCGAUUUGAACGGCGCUGGCAGCCCCGAGGACGACGAUUCCUACUCCGGCAACAAACGCACACUCAGAUCCGUUCAUCGCAGAGACUACGGCUACGGUGGCGGUGGUGGUGGUGGUGGUCCCUCGGGCCCUGGCGGUGGUCCUUCUGGUCCUGGCCGUGGCCCAUCUGGUCCCGGAGGCGGUCCUUCUGGCGCCGGCGCUGGUCCCUCUGGCCCCGGUGGGGGUCCUUCUGGUCCUGGUGGCAGCCCGUCUGGCCCCGGGGGUGGUCCCUCUGGCCCCGGUGGCGGUGCGGGAGGCGGGUACUACAGAGCCCGGCGCGAUGAUACCCCUGCCGAAUCGCCCGACUAUGACACCUCCGCGUAUGACACCUCCGAGUAUGACGCCCCUGAGUAUGACAGCCCCCAGUACGACAGCCCCGGGUAUGACAGCCCUGAGGGUGACAGCCCCACGAACGACACUCCGUACGGUCCCACCCCGGUUGAUACCGUCCCUCAGAGCGAGACUACUACGUCCGCGGCGAGCCCCGUUGCCGCUACAUCCCCGAGCAACGACACUCCUUACGUGCCCAGCCUGGUUGAUACUAUCUCUCAGAGCGAGGACACUACGUCCGCGGUGAGCCCCGUUGCCACCCCCCAGACCGAGGACACUCCGGUUCCUACGCCUGUUAUCGUUACCUCCCAGAACGAGGAUACCACGUCCGCAGUCAGCCCAGUUGCCACCCCCCAGAGCGAGGAUACUCCGGUUCCUACCUCUGUUGCCGCCAUCUCCCAGAGCGAUAAUGCUCCGGCGUCUACCCCUGUUGCCGCUACAUCCAACACUCCUUACGUGCCCAGCCCGGUUGAUACCGUCUCUCAGAGCGAGGAUACUACGUCCGCAGUCAGCCCCGUUACCUCCCAGAACAAGGAUACCACGUCCGCAGUCAGCCCCGUUGCCACCCCUCAGAGUGAGGAUACUCCGGCUCCUACCCCCGUUGCCGUCCCCUCCCCAAGCCCUAACACUCCUUAUGUGCCCACAAACAACGUUCCCUCCGGCGGCGGCGGUGCCAGCCCCAAGGGCAACACUCCUUACGUGCCCACAUACAACGUGCCAAAGGGCGGCAGCCCCAAGCCCGACAUCCCCAAGGGCAAUACUCCCUCUGUGCCAUCAUACAACGCGCCCAAGGGUGACAGCCCCAAGGGCAACACUCCUUAUGUGCCCACAUACAAUGCGCCAAAGGGCGGCAGCCCCAAGCCCGACAUCCCCAAGGGCAAUACUCCCUCUGUGCCAUCAUACAACGCGCCCAAGGGUGACAGCCCCAAGGGCAACACUCCUUAUGUGCCCACAUACAAUGCGCCAAAGGGCGGCAGCCCCAAGCCCGACAUCCCCAAGGGCAAUACUCCCUCUGUGCCAUCAUACAACGCGCUCAAGGGUGACAGCCCCAAGGGCAACACUCCUUAUGUGCCCACAUACAAUGCGCCAAAGGGCGGCAGCCCUAAGCCCGACACUCCUAAGGGUGCUACUCCCAGCAGCAGUGGUGCCAGCCCCAAGGGAAACACUCCCUCUGUGCCAUCAUAUAACGCGCCCAAGGGUGACAGCCCUAAGGGUAACACUCCGGACUCUUACACGCAGCCCAAGGGUGGCAGCCCCAAGCCUAAUACUCCUAAGGGUGUUACUCCCGGCAGCAGUGGUGCCAGCCCUAAGGGUAACACCCCGUACUCCUCUAUGCAGCCUAAGGGUGAUAGCCCUAAGCCCGCUAGCUCCAAGGGCAAUGUUCCCUCUCAGUCAUACAACGUGCCCAACGGCGAUAGCCCCAAAGGUAACACUCCUAGCGGCGGCAAUGCCAGUCCUAAGGGUGGUGCUCCGGUUGGCGGUACUCCGUACGGCGGUGCUCCUAAGGGCGUCGCUCCCGGCGGCGGCAGUGCCAGUCCCAAGGGCGGUGCUCCGGUCGGCGAUACUCCGUACGGCGGUGCUCCCAAGGGCAACUCUCCAUCUGGUGGCGCGCCCAAGGGAGGUGCACCCAGCGGCGGCAGUGCCAGUCCCAAGGGCGGUGCUCCGGUUGGCGGUACUCCGUACGGCGGUGCUCCCAAGGGCAGCUCUCCAUCUGGUGGCGCGCCCAAGGGAGGUGCACCCAGCGGCGGCAGUGCCAGCCCCAAGGGUGGUGCUCCUAAGGGCGGCGCUCCCUCCGGCGGUACUCCCUACGGAGGUGCUCCUAAGGGCGGUGCUCCUUCUGGAGGUGCUCCCAAGGGCGGCGCUCCCUCCGGUGGCGGCGGUGGUGCUAAGAGCGGCGGUGGCGGCGGCUACUACUAA